AUGCUCCCCACCUUCUCUUAUUUUAUUAGCCUAACCCUCAGCCUCGUGGGCGGCACCAUCGCCGGGCCGAUCCUGGCCCCGCGAACUUGCUACCCCACAGAAACGGCGAGCCAGCUCUGCUACACCGCACCCAACAACGAUCCGCAGGGCGUUGACAUCAAGGACGUGCAGUUCAUCGCGUCCUACCUGCGGGCUUACGGCGCGCAGACACGCGCCGGUAGACUGUUCAGCAUGGCCGCCAAGGACACGCCCGACUGCGCCGAGUGGCAGCUGUACGCCCACGGCACCGCUCGCGCCGUGGCCAAGCACAUUGACCUGACGGUCGACUCGAGUGUGCUCUUUAGCGACAUUGCCACCACGAUCGAUGGCGGUCCAAAUGCCAGUUCUGCCCAGCAGGCCGCCGCCCUGAUUGGAUGUGCCACCGACGGUGGCUCCAAGGGUGUCGCCGUCAACGCUAGCAACCCGACUUAUUCGGGUCCGACCUACCCCAAGGGCUAUGUUACCAAGGGUAUUUUAGUCAAGAUUGUGGCUGCGGGUUAG